CCACGACUCACAGUCCCGGCCCCGCCCCUCGGACCGGAAGGACUUACGGCACUUAGGGCGCCCGGCUGUCCCGUGGUUGCCUCGGUGAUGUCGUGGGUUCAAGGGCUUCCCUGGGUCCGGGGCCCUGGAGUGGAAGGGGACGUGUUUGACGAGGAAGCGGACGAGGCUCUCCUAGUGCAGCGGGAAUGGCGGAGUCACAUGCAGAGACGAGUCAAAGAGGGUUAUAGAGAUGGAGUAGAUGCUGGCAAAGCUGUUACUCUUCAACAAGGCUUCAAUCAAGGUUAUAAGGAAGGUGCAGACGUCAUUAUAAACUAUGGACAACUCAGAGGAACAUUGAGUGCUUUGCUCUCCUGGUGUCAUCUUCAUGACAGUACUUCAGCUUUGAUCAGUAAAAUAAAUAAUCUUCUGGAUGCAGUUGGCCAGUGUGAAGAGUAUGUGCUCAAACAUCUGAAAUCAAUCACUUCAGAACCCCAUGUUGUAGAUUUAUUGGACUCUCUUCAGGAUAUGAACCUUUGUCAUGUAGCUCUAGCUGAGAAAAAGAUUGAUGAAGCUAAAGACGAAAGACUCUGUAAAAAUAAUGCUGAGUUUAACAAAAAUUGUAGCAAAAGUCUUAGUGGGGUAGAUUGUUCAUUUUUAGAAUGUUGUAGAACACAGGAGCAUGCACAUUCCGAAAAUCCAAGCCUUGCUUGGGUUUUAGAACAGACAACCAAUUUAGUAAAACAGCUGGGAGUAUCAGUAGAUGUUCUACAGCACCUCAAACAACUAUAAAAAUUACCUUCACUUUUCUAAUGAAAAUAACAUUCAGAACAUUUCUUAAAGCACUUUGUUCUUAAACUAACCAAAGUUUGUACUGGUUUCUACACUGAACACUAUUUCCAGGUUGUCCUUCAUGGAAGUUUGAAAUGUCUUCAGAACUAACACUAUUAAAUAUAAUACAAGCCUUUUUUUCUUUGUCACUGGUAAUUUUUAUGUAAAGAAAGCUCAAGUUCUAGUUAUUAUUUUCAUUUUCAAAUUUCUUAUCCAAACCAAGCAUUUUCAGACUAAUUAGCUAAAGUUAACAGGAAUCAAACAUAUUUUGUAAGGAUCUACCUCUACUUCCUGCUGCCAGCACCAGAUGGUUAGGAAUCAGACCAGAAUUACCACACAUGACCUAAAGGCUGACAUUGUAAAUAGAUAGAUGCACAUAAAUAUAUAGAGAUGUGUAGGUGUAAGAAACUGAAUAAAUGUCGAUACGGAUAGUUAGAAACAAAAUACUAAAAUUCAUAUUAGUUUUAUGUUAAUUAAAAAGUAAGGACAUAAAAUUCUAUGAAAAAUACAGAAAAUACAUUUCGUGCUCAAGUACGUACUUAGUUCUUAACAAGUAUUUGGAGUCAGUGUUGCCUAACAAUGUGCCAGAUUAUUUCUAAACUGCAGCUUUGCUUCAUAUUCACAUAGGAAUAAAAUACUGAAACCACUGAUUUCUGUAUUACCUGUAGUAAUAUUCUUAGUCUAGCAUAAAUAAAAUUAGAUUCAAACUUUUGCUCCAGGACCUAAGCAUAUAAGAUCAGGAAGGACUUUUCAUCACUUUUUUGCCUGAAACAAAUUAAUGUGAGGUGUCUGAUUUCAGAGGAGCCCAAAUAAGUGUCCCUCAUUGAUAGCCUUAAUUGCUUUUCACCAGUAUAUCUACCAUCUACUCUAAAAGACAUAUGUACUGAGAUAUAAGAGAAUCUGAUAAAUAGGUCUUUCAAGAGGUUAAGAAAAUGAACUACUGUGAUCUUAAAACCUUCUCAAAGAAACUGAAACAACCAAUUCGACAUCUCAAGCAUUCAAAUAGAUUAUUUCAAGACUUACUAAAAUGUUCAAGAUAUCAAGUGACAUUUGACAGCUUGUUUAAAAUGCUUGUAUCUCUUUAGAUGUAAACAAUAAACAAUUUUAGAAGUUUA